GAGUCCAUGAAGAUAGCCCUGCAGCACGGGGACCGACCUCUCCAGGCGCUGUGCUUACUGAACUUUGCCGAUAUCCACCGCUGCCGGCAUGACGUUGAUAAAGCAUUGCCUCGUUAUGAGUCCUCCAUGUGUAUAAUGACAGAGAUUGGGAACCGUCUUGGCCAGACCCAGGUGUACCUGGGGGUAGGGAAGUGUUGGCUCCAGCAGAAAGAACUGGACAAGGCUCUUGAUGCUCUGCAGCGAGCUCAGGAGUUGUCAGAGGCUUUAGGAACCAAGCUGUGUAGUCUAAAGGUGCACUGUCUCAGUGAGGGGAUCUACCGCAGUAAGGAGAGUCAGGAGGAGCUGAGGGAGCAGGUGGUGAAGUUCCUGCAGUGUGUGGAGGAGCUGGAGCUGUACUGUGGAAUGUGUGGCGAGUCCAUAGGAGAGAAGAACCAACAGCUGCAGGCCCUGCCCUGCUCUCACAUCUUCCACCUCCAGUGUCUACAGAACAACGGUUCCAAGGGCUGCCCCAAAUGUCGUCGGUCCUCCAUGAAGCCUGGGUUUGUGUGAGGUUACGAGGCACAGUGCCUGGGACUUGAGGACACUAUGUGAUAACACUCUGUGAAGCUCCGACCUCAGUCACAUAGGAGAGCCAGACUGCACUUCUGAAUGGGCAGACUGCUGAACACACAUCUGAAUGUCUGAACUAAACUGAACACACAUCUGAAUGUCUGAACUAAACUGAACACACAUCUGAAUGUCUGAACUAAACUGAACACACAUCUGAAUGUCUGAACUAAACUGAACACACAUCUGAAUGUCUGAACUAAACUGAACACACAUCUGAAUGUCUGAACUAAACUGAACACACAUCUGAAUGUCUGAACUAAACUGAACACACAUCUGAAUGUCUGAACUAAACUGAACACAUAUCUGAAUGUCCGAACUAAACUGAACACACAUCUGAAUGUCCGAACUAAACUGAACACACAUCUGAACACAUAUCUGAAUGUCCGAACUAAACUGAACACACAUCGGAUACAGUUUGUUGACUGGCUGCUGUGUUCAGAGGAUGUGCCACAGAAACGGAACCAGCCCAUUACCUCGCCCCCGGGCUACUUGCUACCGAGGGACAGCUGGCUGGUAGACAAGACUAACAAUCCCAGUGUGAGGACAGCCAGGACUGUAGUUCAAGACACAGGCAGAGUUCAAAGGUCACCACUCCUCCGGUUUCUGUACAGUAAGUAUGUCUCCUUAGCUGACACAGAUAAGGAGGAUACAGUGAUAGAUUUAUUACACUGUUGUACGUGAUUUACUGUUGUUUUUUUGUCAGAGGGUGAGGAGGAAGAAAUCCAAUAUACUUCUUAGUUUUGUGGACGUCUGUUUUAGAUAAAUCUGAUAGUUUAGCAUAAUGUUCACUUUACUUUGGUUAGGGUAUGCUGGAAGAUUCAUUGCAAGCAUGUAAUUGGAAAUUAUGUUAAACAUUAUUGUUUGGGAUAAAGUGAAAUCACUAGGAUUUUGGCCACACGUUCUAUUAUUCAAAUUUAACAAAAAUUGUAUUUGAAAURUACCCAUCGAAAGGCAAAUUGAGCCGUGUGUUUUCUAUAAAUGAUUACUGUAAAGUGUUUAAUGGCCGUAUGUCAUGAAGAUAUUUCUGUACGACCUUUUUAUCAUCAGUGAACACACUGUACGUUGUCCAAUCACAGUUGAGAACACAACACUUCAACUAAAGAAUGCAUAGUCACGAAGAUCAAACGCUGAUCGAAUAGAUGGUCAGGAUAUACUUGUGUUCGUUUGACUUUAGCAUUUGAUAAAAAAUAUCAAAACUAUAAACUAGUAUUUGUCCUUACUGCAGGGGUAUGCAGCUUCCCCCUUUUUUUCAACUUACAGUAAGUUGAAUUUUCACUUAAGUCUCCCAUUAACAUCAGUGCACGACUAAGUGAAAACUUAACUCGAGUGGAUGCUAGGAUUCACCCCCUAAGUGACUAAGGAGCAGUUCAACCCACAUUGUGUUAUUAAUUAUCAGGUGUGCUUGCUGAAGGCAACUCUAAAUGUCUUAUUAUUAUUCCGMCCGCUCUAGCGCUUAAACAAGUUAAGCUAUAAACAUGAAAACAACUUGUAAAUAUGCAGACUACCCGAGCUUAGAUGGCUUGAGAACAUUUAUACUUUUUGAACUAUAAUAAUAUUUGGAUGAGCUCCCAAUGCGUUUCAAGGAAAAAGAAAAGGUCCGUAGACUUGGUAAAGAAAUCAACACUUCUACACCCAUCUCCUCUUUCACUGUUUAAGCUAACAACUCCAAACCAAAUGUUUAGACUGGCCCAACUUAGUAUGAAAACUCCUUCGAUAAGCAAUCUGUCUAUACUUUUUGGAACUGUAGCCAUUUCAAAUGUGCAUAGAUUAGCAUGGGGUUUGAAUGAGAACCAUAGGAAUACAGAGGUAGCUGUUCAAAAAGGUCCUGCUCCUUGGACAAUUAAGCUAAAAGACUAACUUUACAACACUCAGGCUAUCCUAACUUCACAUUAUUUAACAUAURAAACAYUCAGGCUAUCCUAACUUCACAUUAUUUAACAUCUUUAUCAAGUAUAACUAUAUAAAAUAGCAAUUUUUUUUCAGGAAAUUUACUUUUCUAGUUAAGUAUCGAUUUCUUUUUCUAUCCAGCAUCUAUUUCUGGAAAACUAAAAGUAUAUGUUUAUUUUGAGUCUAUAACACUACAACACUAUUCAAAGCAAAAUAUUGUUGGGAAUGAAGAAAAAUUUGAUCAUGUAUUAUUGGGAAAACGAUGUUGUCUGACCAAUCACUUGCAUGUAGAWUAAUAAUAAACUGUAAAGAUAUUUUCAUUUAUUUAGUUGUUGUAGCUCUGGUGUAAAUAAGAUUGGUUCUGAUGGGGAUCAUCAGCAGUAACACAAUGUGGAUAGUUGUUGCAUGUUUUCUUUGCCAAGUAGAACAAGUAAUCAAACGUUUAAUUAAUAUACAAAUGUUUUUUUUGGAUUAUCGAAAGUCACACUUUAUAUAAACACAAUGACUUUUCUAUUUAUUGAUUGAUAAUAUUCAUAUUUAUAUCAUUUUUAAUCACCAUUUUUUCUUACAGAUUUCCAAUAAUUUUAAGUAGAUUGUAUGAACAUAUACACCAACAAUAUUGUGGAGUUUUUUCAUUUGAUAAUCAGUCCUAACUUAUUUGGAAUGCAUUGCAACUUUCUAGAAUGAAUCGUUUUACCUUAAUUCACUUUGUUUAAUGUGUAAGACAUAUAUUUUACUGGAAUGCAUUGCAACUUUCUAGAAUGAAUUGUUUUGCAUCGUAACUUUAUUAAAUGUGUAAGAAAUAUAUUUUACUGGAAUGCAUUGCAACUUUCUAGAAUUAAUUGUUUUGCGUCGUAACUUUGUUAAAUGUGUAAGACAUAUUUUCUGAUGUAACGUUUUGUAAUUUUAUAUUUAAUCCAUUUCGAUAUAAUGAUACAUCUGGUCAAAAUGUUUUGAUUAUAAAAUGGAAUAUGAACUAUUCUUAGAAUGUAUUUAUUGUUGUAUUUUUAAUAAACCACCACAUUUACAUAUA